UCUGAUGAAAAGGACACAAUGGGGAUCUAGUCGUGUUAUGAGCUCUUUCCUCAUUAUAAACGCCUGCCUCUGUACAUCGUUUACACUUCUUUGCGCCAUCACCAGCUACAACUUUAGAUUUCUUUUGAAGUCUUCCCGCUUGCUUCUCCAUUUUUUUCUCAAAAAGUUCUUGGUAUUUUCUGUUUCUGCUUUGCCUUCUUCUUUUAACUGGUGUACUCGGACCAGGAUCUUCAGCAUAUUCUAAAAAAAAAAGGUAUCGUUUAAGCUCAUAAGCAAAAAGUCAGUCAAUUCAAAACAAAAAAGUAUGUAAAAGUGGAAAGGAGGGAUGCUUACCUCCGUUAAGUAACGUACUUCUUAAAUACUUUUCCAAAGAGCCAACGGGUUCUUGGUAUUUUUAAAAACGGUUCAUUUUCUAAAAAUAAAUAUCAUGCACAUGUAUUUUAUUGUUCUAUAACAUUUAAUU